CCAAAAUAGACCGAGGAGAUUGUGCAGCAGGUGACGUCACCGAGCAGAAAUGGCUGCCACCGGAGUUCUUCCCUUUAUAAGAGGGGUAGACCUUAGUGGGAACGACUUUAAAGGUGGGUAUUUCCCAGAACAUGUCAAAUCCAUGAGCAGCUUGCGAUGGCUCAAACUGAACAGGACUGGGCUGUGUUACCUCCCAGAGGAGCUUUCCUCUCUGCAGAAGCUGGAGCAUCUAUCAGUGAGCCACAACAGCUUGACCACCUUGCAUGGGGAGCUGGCCAGUUUGCCAAACCUGAGGGCUGUGGUUGCACGUGCCAACAACCUAAAAAACUCUGGCGUCCCUGAUGACAUCUUUCAGCUUGAGGACCUGUCUGUGCUGGAUUUGAGCUACAAUCAGCUGACAGAGAUCCCCAGGGACCUUGAGAACAGCCGGAACAUGCUGGUGCUCAAUCUGAGCCACAAUAGCAUCGAUUUAAUUCCCAACCAGCUGUUCAUUAACCUGACAGACCUGCUGUAUCUGGACCUCAGUGACAACAAGCUGGACAGCCUGCCUCCCCAGAUGAGACGCCUGGUCCACUUGCAGACCCUCAUCCUAAAUAACAACCCACUGAUGCAUGCCCAGUUGCGCCAGUUGCCUGCCAUGGUGGCGCUACAAACUCUCCACCUGAGGAAUACCCAGAGAACACAGAGCAACAUGCCCACAAGCCUGGAGGGUCUCCUGCAGUUGGCAGAUGUUGACCUGUCCUGUAAUGACCUGACUCGGGUGCCUGAGUGCCUCUACACACUGGGAAAUUUGAAAAGACUCAACCUGAGUAGUAAUCAGAUCUCAGAACUGUCGCUGUGCAUUGACCAGUGGACCCAACUUGAGACACUCAACCUUAGCCGGAACCAGCUCACCUCAUUGCCUUCGGCGAUCUGUAAACUGCCAAAACUGAAAAAGCUGUAUGUGAACUCCAACAAACUGGACUUUGACGGGGUGCCACCUGGUGUGGGCAAACUAUCCAAUCUCGUUGAGUUUAUGGCUGCCAACAACAACCUGGAACUCAUCCCUGAGGGACUCUGUAGGUGUGGCAACCUGAAGAAGCUAGUGCUGAACAAAAACCGCCUAGUGACACUGCCAGAGGCCAUUCAUUUCCUGACCGACUUAGAGAUUCUGGAUGUGCGUGAGAACCCCAACCUGGUGAUGCCUCCAAAACCAGUAGACCGAGCAGCAGAGUGGUACAACAUUGACUUCUCCCUGCCAAACCAGUUGCGACUAGCUGGGGCCUCGCCUGCCACUGUCGCCGCUGCUGGAGGAGGGGCCAGCCCCAGAGAUCCCCUGGCGAGAAAGAUGAGGCUAAGAAGGAGAAAGGACUGCUCUCAGGAUGAUCAGGCCCAGCAGGUGUUGAAGGGCAUGAGUGAUGUUGCACAGGAAAAGAAGAACAUGGAGGAAAAUGGAGAUUUGAAAUAUGGAGUUCUUAAAGUAAGGCGAUGGGAUCAGGGUCUGGAGAAGCCUCAACUGGACUAUUCUGAGUUCUUUAUGGACGAUGCGGGCCAGUUGCCAGGCGUGAGCGUGUGGCAAAUAGAGAAUUUUGUUCCUAUGCAAGUGGAUGAAACUUUCCAUAGCAAGUUUUACGAGGCAGACUGCUACAUUGUCCUCAAGACAUAUUUGGAUGACAAUGGAGCGCUGACCUGGCAGAUCUUCUACUGGAUUGGCCAGGAAGCCACGCUGGACAAAAAGGCCGGCGCUGCCAUCCAUGCCGUCAACCUCAGGAAUCUUCUUGGAGCAGAGUGCAGGACUAUAAGGGAAGAGAUGGGAGAUGAAAGCGAGGAGUUUAGUGCCGUAUUCAACAAUGAGAUCUCAUACAUCGAAGGAGGCACUGCCAGUGGAUUCUACACGGUCGAGGACACACACUAUCCUGUCAGGCUAUACAGAGUUUAUGGCAAGAAAAACAUCCGACUUGAGUCUGUCCCUGUGAAAUCCUGCUCCCUUGAUCCACGCUAUGUUUUUCUACUGGACACCGGACUGGACAUUUUUAUCUGGAGAGGAGCAAACGCUACGCUGAGCAGCACCACAAAGGCCAGGUUAUUUGCAGAGAAGAUCAAUAAAAACGAGCGCAAAGGGAAGGCAGAGAUCACAACUUUAAUGCAAAAGCAGGAGCCUCCAAAUUUCUGGGAAAUACUGGGUGGACAACCAGAGGCGAUUAAGAAACACGUACCAGAUGACUUCUCUCCUGUCAGGCCUAAACUAUACAAGGUGGGUUUGGGCCUGGGCUACCUGGAGCUGCCUCAGAUCAACUACAAGCUUUCUGUGGAGCACAAAAACCACAAGAUCAAACUGGACACGCUGCCAGAGCUCCGACUGCUGCAGACGCUGCUCGACACCAAGGGCGUGUACAUCCUCGACUGCUGGUCCGACGUCUUCAUUUGGAUCGGGAGGAAGUCUCCCCGACUUGUCCGAGCCGCUGCUUUAAAACUGGGUCAGGAGAUCUGCUCCAUGCUGCACCGGCCAAAACACGCAUGUGUCACCCGAAACCUGGAAGGCACCGAAUGCCAGGUGUAUAAGUCCAAGUUCAAGAACUGGGACGACGUGCUGCAGGUGGACUACACCAGAGCUGCGGAGACCGUGCAGCAGAAGGACAACCUUCAAGGCAAGGUGAAAAAGGAUGCAGAGAAGAAAGAUCAGAUGAAAGCUGACCUCACAGCUCUCUUCCUUCCCAGGCAGCCAGCCAUGCCUCUUACUGAGGCUGAGCCGCUGAUGGAGGAGUGGAACGAGGACCUGGACGGCAUGGAAGGAUUUGUGUUGGAGAGCAAAAAGUUUGCUCGUCUACCAGAGGAAGAGUUUGGACACUUCUUCACACAAGAUUGCUACGUGUUCCUCUGCAGGUACUGGGUUCCUGUGGAGUACGAGGACGAGGAGGAGAAGAAAGAGGGCGAAGGCAAGGAGGUGGAGGAGGACAAGCAGCCUGAGGAAGACUUCCAGUGUGUGGUGUACUUCUGGCAGGGCCGGCAAGCUUCCAACAUGGGCUGGCUCACCUUCACCUUCUCCCUGCAGAAGAAGUUUGAGAGCCUCUUCCCGGGCAAACUGAAGGUGGUGCGUAUGACGCAGCAGCAGGAGAACCUCAAGUUCCUGUCCCACUUCAAGAGGAAGUUUAUCAUCCACAAAGGGAAGAGGAAACAGAAGACGGACUCAGCCCAGCCGUCCCUCUAUCACAUUCGCACCAACGGCAGUGCACUCUGCACCAGGACCAUCCAGAUCGCCACAGAUUCAGCCAAUCUCAACUCAGAGUUUUGCUUUAUUCUCAAAGUUCCCUUUGAGAGCACAGACAACCAGGGCAUCGUCUACACCUGGGUGGGACGAGCUGCCGACCCGGACGAAGCCAAGCUGGCCGAGGACGUCAUGAACCGCAUGUUUGAUGACACCUACAGCAAACAGGUCAUUAACGAGGGGGAGGAGCCUGAGAACUUCUUCUGGGUUGGCAUCGGCGCUCAGAAGGAAUACGAUGAAGACGCAGACUACAUGAAAUAUGCUCGUCUCUUCAGGUGUUCUAACGAGAAAGGUUAUUUCUCCGUGUCAGAGAAGUGCUCCGACUUCUGCCAGGACGACUUGGCGGACGACGACAUCAUGUUGUUGGACAACGGCAAUGAGGUGUACAUGUGGGUGGGUACUCAGACCAGCCAGGUGGAGAUCAAACUGAGUCUGAAAGCAUGUCAGGUCUACAUCCAACACAUGCGCUCCAAAGAAAGCCAGCAGCCCAGAAAACUGCGACUAGUCCGCAAAGGUAACGAGCCACACUGCUUCACUCGCUGCUUCCACGCCUGGGGGGCCUUCAAAACGCCGCCAGCAUAGUUUGAGCAGCCGCCAACAAGCUUUAGUAGAAGUUUGCACUGUGCAGGAAGUCUAGUGUGUGCAGACACAUCAUACAUGCUGAGUGAUAGUUUUGCACAGCUUAUCUGAAGCCAACUUCUUCUUUGAAAACUGCCAUUGCUCUUUUGUGGAAUGUUUCUUCUCGACAUAUUUGAUACUUCAUAUCACAAAUGUGCAAUCAUCACAAGCUGGGAGUCAAACAUCUCUCUCUUCACACUGAGCGGCUUUUUCUGGCGCUUUGCAAAGAUUUUACAGGUUUGAAAUCCAUAUUUUCUGAAGACGAAAAAAGUCAUUUAAUGGGAGAUGAUAUCAAGAGACAUAUCCUCAUAAUGAAAUUGUAAGAGAUUCUUCAUGUCAUAUCUAUUUUUGUGUCUUUCCUUUGUGGCGUGUGCCUCAACACACAUGCUUCUACCACUUGCAGAUGCUUUAUUUAUCUAUUUUAUAUUAAAGAGGAAAACAAAUCUCACCACAUA